AUGAGUACAGGAGAUACAAACUGUGCGUGCCAAUCUGCAGAACAAUCUAUUAAGCAACAAGCUGAAACAUGGCGAAGUGAUCCAAUCUGGGGCGGCUGGAGUUCUUACCAAGGCUGUGAUCUUGAUAAAGAAGGAACUGUAAAGAUUCCAGAAAGCGAAUAUCGCCAAUUCGUAGCAUGGAAGGAAUUCCUUUUAGCAAGAAAGAGAUUCUUAGAUCUCAUUCGUUUAGAUGUUGAAAAACAAAUGAGUAAUGGACCGAACAAAUUACCACAAGAUCCUAUGAUGAAUCUGCAGCGCCCACCAUUCCCACCUGGAAUGCAUCCAUUUAAUCAACAAUUCAAUUUCCCACAAAAUCCUUGGAUGCAACAAGAAUUUCAACGCGGCAGACCUGGAUGGUAA